AUGAUUGAUCAACACAAUCCCAUAGCACAAUCAUUUAGAAGAGUGAGAGAAUUCCAUGAGAAUCACCCGUCUGAGGUGUUUUCUUUGAAAUUGUUUAGUCAAAAAGAACGUGAUCGAGGAGUUUAUAAUUAUUCUUCAUGCGAUGAAGUUGCUGCUUUGGUUGUUGGUGAUUUUGAUUCUUCUGAUACUGGUCGUAAUGUCAUUGUUAAAUCUACAGCUGGCCAACUUCAAAGAAUAUAUGAGAUACAUGCUUUAUAUUGGCCAUUGCAAUAUCCCUUACUUUUUUCUUAUGGAAAGAUGGUUAUCAAUGGGUUUGUUGUUGAUUCAUUCUCUAUGAUUGAGUCACAGAGGCUUUAUGAAAUCAAGAAAAAAAGAGCACAAUUAGAGGAGAAGUCUUACAAGGUAUUGAAGAAGCUAUGUGACGCGAUGAUACUGAAGCAUCAUCAAUUGCAUUUUGGGUAUCCAGAUCUAUGUCUUACCCUUACUUGCAAUCCUAACUGGCCUGAGUUUCAAAGAUAUACUAAUCGUGAUCAAGUUUCAAUUGCUGAUCGGCCAGACAUUGCUUGCCGAGUCUUUCAUGCUAAGAUGAAGUGUCUUCUUAAUGAUCUUAAGAAUGGUGUUUUUUUGGUCCUCUUAAUGCAGACAUUUUUUUACUAUUUAGGUAUGUAUACAAUUGAGUUUCAAAAAAGAGGUUUGCCAUAUUUACAUAUUCUACUUUGGCUUGAUGGAAGGAAUAGAUUGCAAAAUAUUGAAAUUGUUGAUGAGUUGAUUUAUGCGGAACUUCCUAAUCCUAUGAAGUUUCCACAUUUGUAUAGUGUGGUUAGUAAAUACAUGAUUCAUGGCCCUUAUGGUAGGAUGGUUAUCCUAUUUACAAGCGUCGAGAAAAUUGGUGUUACAGUUAAAAGUCAUGGUGUUGAUCUUGAUAAUAGAUUUGUUGUUCCAUAUAAUCUAUUAUUGUUGAUGAAGUACCAGGCUCAUAUCAAUUUGGAAUUUUGCAACAAGUCAAAUAUUAUAAAGUAUCUUUUCAAGUACAUUAACAAGGGUCCAGAUCCUCAUGUUGUGUUCGAUGAUCAUGAUACUAUUGGCUCUGUUUUAAUAAGAAAUAGAGAUUUGAUGACAAUGUUUAUUGCUUGGAUGAUGGCUAAUCGAACAUAUGUUGAAGGGCGAACACUAACAUAUGUUGAGUUUUCAAGUAAAUUUGUUUAUGAUUUACAAUCUCGACAGUGGAAACCAAGAAGAAGGGGAUUUUCUAUAGGAAGAUUGAGUUUUGUUCAUCCUUCAACUGGUAGGCCCGUUUUAUUUUGGAAUCAAACUUGGAAAUAUUUAUCUGAUGAUAUCAUUUAUUACAGGCGAAGUGAGCUUCAUUUUCCAGGAAUAACAAUGACUGACGAAGAGUUACAAACAUUUUGUCAAAUAGAGAUAGAGAAAUUGCUACAGGCCAAUAGAAGAUCAUUAAGAGAUUUUGCUGGUAUGCAGCUUCCUAAUGUUAAUUUGGUCUCACAAUUUAGUAAUUCUAUAGUGUUGCGUGAAUUAGAAUAUGACAUUUCUGUGAUGCUUGAAGGACACGAUUCAAAUUUUCCAAAGUUGAAUGAAGAACAGAAGUCAAUCUAUGAUAGGAUUAUACAUUGUGUUACUAACAAGGAACACGGGUUGUUUUUCAUUUAUGGGUUUGGUGGGACUGGAAAAUUUUUUUUUUAUAGACUCUUAUCUGCCAAAUUGCGUUCUCAAAGAAGAAUUGCUAUUAAUGUUUCUUCAAGUGGAAUUGCUUCAUUAUUGUUACCUGGUGGUAAGACAACCCAUUCUAUGUUUGGUAUCCCAAUUGAAUUGAAUGAAGAUACUAUUUGUAGAAUUCCGAAAGAUAGUCCUAAGGCUGAUUUAAUUCGACUUGCUGAGUUGAUUAUUUGGGAUGAAGCUCCAAUGACUAACAAGUUGGCAUUUGAAGCUUUAGAUAGAAGUUUUCGAGACAUAAUGACGUCGAUUUCAGUGUCUUACAAAGAUCUACCUUUUGGAGGAAAAAUCAUUGUUCUUGAUAAAGCCAUAUUAGCUCCAACAGUAGAGAUUAUUGAAGAAAUCAAUGAUCACAUUGUUCAAUUGCUACCUGGGACAGAAAAAGAGUAUCUAAGUGCUGAUUCUAUAUGUGGUAGUGAUGCUUAUUGUGACGUUGAUGUUGAUUGGAUAAAUGCUAAGUUUUUGAAUCAAAUAAAAUAUUUAGGGUUAUCGAAUCACUCAUUGAAAUUGAAGAAAGGUGUGCCUAUUAUUUUGUUGAGAAAUAUUAAUCCAGCUGGUGGCUUAUGCAAUGGUACUCGCUUUAUUGUUAGCGAUCUAGGAACAAAUGUGAUUGGAGCUGAGAUUGUCUCAGGGAGUCACAUUGGAGAUAAAGUUUUCAUUCCUCAGAUGAAUUUAAUUCCGAGUGACACUGGGAUACCUUUCAAAUUUCAACGGAGACAAUUUUCUAUAAACUUGUGUUUUGUAAUGACUAUCAAUAAGAGUCAAGGUCAAACUCUAUCCAGUGUUGGACUAUUCUUGCGUCGACUGGUAUUUUUUCAUGGUCAACUCUAUGUCGCUAUUUCUCAAGUGAAGAGCAAAGAUGGUUUAAGAAUUUUGGUAUCUGGCGAGAAAAAUGAUGAUUCUACUUUAACUCAUAAUAUCAUAAAUUAG